AAGUGGUAUAAUUGAACAAUGGCAGUGGCCACUCAAAGCAACGUUGCUUUCGAUAGACUUCAAAUGGCUGAGAAGUAAUCUCUCUCUGAGCAAAACCCAGAUACGAACACUUACACCGCCAAUUUAACCACCACUAUUCUUCAUUCCAUAUAUACAUUCCUCCACACAUAUACAUUUAUAUACUUACCUCUCUUUGAUUAGUGUCCAAUUCCACAACGUAGUAGGGUUUGUUUUGGACUCAAAUUUGCUUGAGAGGGAGCGGUUUUGAAGCUGAAUUCGAUUGAGUUCAGCUGAAUUUUCAAUUGGGUUUCGAUUGGUUACAUUUAUGGAGAAUUUAUCUGCCUUGACCUUAACCGAAUCCGGGUCAAUUGGAGUCGGGCUCCAAAUUGGGGAAUCCGGGUUUGAUUCGGUCCAAUUCGGGGAAGAAAUACAGAGACUGAUCACCGUAUCGCCGGAGAACGCGAGUUCCUUCACGGCGCUUUUGGAACUACCGGCGACCCAAGCCAUGGAGCUUCUUCACCAUGUGCCGGAAUCCGACGGAGCUAAAGUGGCCGUCGAUCCGCACCCCAAACCCUUCCCGCAACAACCGUUCGGUUCCAAUCUGACAUUUCUUUCUGACCCCGCGUUGAUUGAACGCGCCUCCAAGUUUUCUGUCUUCGCCGGCGAACACUCCCCGGAGACGACGAGCUCGGUUCCUUCGAACUCGAGCGCUAAUUUGGAGAAGGUAAAGAACGAGCCUACAGAGACAGAUUCGAACCCGAACUCAUCGCAGCCGUUGGUUUCGGAUCAGAAGCCCUUAAUGAAGAGGAAGGAGCGAGAAAAGAAGGCGAAGGUUUCUUCGAAGAAAAGCAAGAAUGAAAGCAAAGAAGACGCCGAGAAGCUUCCUUACGUUCAUGUUCGAGCCCGUCGUGGUCAAGCUACUGAUAGCCAUAGCUUAGCAGAGCGAGCUAGGAGAGAAAAGAUUAAUGCUCGGAUGAAGUUACUACAGGAGCUGGUUCCUGGAUGCAGCAAGAUUUCGGGAACAGCAUUAGUUCUGGAUGAAAUCAUCAACCAUGUACAAUCCCUACAACGUCAAGUAGAGUUCUUAUCAAUGAGACUCGCGGCAGUUAACCCGAGAAUUGAUUUCAACCUUGACAGUAUACUGGCUACUGCUAACUUGCAGAAUGGAUCUGUAAUGGAAGGUAAUUUGCCCAAUAUGGUUUCGCCUCUGAUGUGGCCAGAGUUCCCUCUCAAUGGAAACAGACAGCAGUAUCAACAGCAAUGGCACUUAGAUGCCCUUCAGCAGCCACUUUGGGGGAGAGAGGAAGAUAGUCAUACUUUCGUCACGCCAGAGAACUCACUUUUGACUUACGACUCUUCAGCAAAUUCAGCGUCACUGCACUCGAGCCAAUUGAAGAUGGAGCUGUGAAAGAGCAUAGUAGAGAGUUCUUCUAGUAGUAGCUAAUAGUGUAUAUAUCAGAUAUAGCAUUAGCAUUUAGCAUGAGGUAGAAGUGAGAUUAUGCCUCAAAAUUUCAUGGCGGGUUUGCCAUGAGCUAGCUCUAUUUGUUCGAGUCAGCUAAGUUCCUUCACCUAGAGGGAAAAGAAAUUUGGUAUAUGCCAAUUCUUAUAUCAUUAUUAUUAUUAUUAUCACUACUUAAUAAGUAUAUAUACGUACUAACUCUUUAGGAUCACUCAAUCUAGAUACUUAUUUUGUGAGAUGAUUGAUUGAUUCUUACUGUAAAAUCAUUGAAUGAACUAUUAUUGAAGUUUUCCUUUUCUCCAAA